UGUGACCCCACCCGCGGCGCCGUGGGGCAGCAGCAGCGCCCGCUGACCCCCCCCCGCGAUGCCCACCUGGGUGGGCACCUGGCGGCCCCACCGCCCCCGAGCUCCGAUCGCCGCCCUCUACGGCGGCCCCGGGCCCAAAUACGGACUCCCAACCAACGUCGGGUUUCGCCUCCACGACCCCUCCCGGCACCGCGCACCCGCUUACAGCUUCGGGAUGCGCACGGAGGGGCCUCGAACCGACGGUUCACCGGGCCCGGCUUACCUGGUGCCCCCCGGGACCACCGCCCACGGCCCGGCCCGCAGCCCCGCCUUCUCCAUCUACAGCCGGCCUCGGGAUCUGGAACCAUUCCGCACCCCCGCGCCAG